AUGCCGCCGAAGGGAUCGAAAAAGGGCAAGGGCAGCAAGAAAAUGGAUUCGGCCGAGAACCCGCCAUUGCCUGCCGAGGCGCCUCCGCUGCCGGACGAGGCUCCUCCGCUGCCUGACGAGCAACCCGCUGUGCCGACCGAAGCGCCGCCGUUGCCCGAUGAGGCUCCCCCGCUACCGGACGAGGCGCCGCCGCUGCCCGUAGGCGAGGACGCGCCGCCUCUGCCAGACGAAGCACCUCCCCUCCCCGACGAGCAACCGCCGUUACCAGACGAGCAGCCGCCCCUCCCCGACGAGCCCGUCACUGAGCUCGGCGGCUCGAAGGAGAAGGACGCCAACCCCGCUCACGCCUGGCAGGCCGUCUGGGCGCCCGAGAAGAAUGCUACUCCCGGUCCCUCCGUCCCACGUCCCACCGGCGGUCUGCCCGACAUAGACCCCGAGCUGGCCUACUUGCUCCCCUCCGAAUCGCGCGACGCGGCAGGCACCCAGCUCCUAGCCGUGUCUGGGCGUUUCCAGCAGCGGGACGACGGCGCCUUCGCGGCGAGGGACGAGUAUGAGCGCCAGAAGCGGUUUGGAGACGCUUAUUUCGAUGUCGAGGGGUGGGAGAAGGAGAGGGGGAAAAGGCGGAGGGAGGAGGAGCAGCCUAGGAAGGUCACGAAGAAGGAUAUGGUGAGUCAGGAGGCCGAGCUGGGCGCGAGGCGCGCAGGAUUGGGAGAACGGUUCAAAGCCAAGAAGGCCGAGAAGACGCGCCGGGCACGCGCGUGGUUGUACGACUAG